AUGAUUAUUGAUAUUCAUUUAGAAGUCUUAGACGAAUGUCAAAAAGGGGACCUGCAUUCGACGAAGGAAGACUGUUUUGAAAUUUUGGUUCAAGAAUUUAUGGGAUGCGAAUUUAUGAAGGAAUACUUUGUUUCUAUGGAAAGUGUUCCUAAGGAAGGUGUUCCUAUGGAACAGAUUCCGGGUUUAGGGAGGGAAGACUUUCUUCCUAAGGAGGAGGUUCCAUGUUUAGAUUCUGGGUUUACGGAGGAAGAGUUUCUUCCCAAGGAAGAAGUUCUUAAGGAAAGUGUUCCUGAGGAAGAUGUUCCUAGAGAAGCGGUUCAAAGUUCAAGUUCAACUUCAGGUUCAGGUUCCGCCUUUAGGGUUUAG